AUAUUGAUAUGAGCACAGUCUGUCUGCAUACUCCGUACAUCGGCUGCCGUUGCUGUAUUAUGAGUUCAACAUGAUGAUCACCUUAUUCUAAAGAUAGUUCAAAGAAUACUGUUGGAUGAGCUUGAAGUCAACCAUCACAACAUGAUUGAAGCUCCACUUAGGAGAACUUCGGGGAAUUCCAAGGCUGUACUGUACAACGGCGGUGUCGAUUUGACGUGUAUGUGAUUCCAGGCAGCAUAAGAUCCAGGAAUACAGAUGCAUUCGAAACGCGAGUUCUCAGCACUUCCCCACUUCAAAGAUCCAUGGCGCAUAUAGCUGAAAAAGCCACUAUAUAUAAACUGCACUCCCCUCUUCAAUUUGUCAGAUAUCUGUCAAACGUCGCUCAAAGGCUUACGGCAUACACUUCUUUUUCCUGUUUUCGAUUAUUUCUAUAUACGAGACUUGUUUCAAUAAUAGUCAUUUCAAUCACUUCCAUUCACAAUGUUGCCGCUUGGAAAACCCAAAACGAUAACCCAUACAUAUGCACCUUUGUCUCCGGAAUUCUUUUCACAAGUCGAGGAGACUUCGGCUGAGGAGCGAACUACAUAUGAGGGAGGUUGUCAUUGUGGUGCUGUUACGGUUAGUUCUUUUUCUUUUUAGAACAUAUACUUGCUGAGUUUUGUGGAAGAAGACUCAUGAGAAGAGACACUGACGUUGGUUAGUUCACUGUAACACUGAAAUGGCCAUUUCCAAAAUAUACCGUUAAUUCGUGUAAUUGUUCCGUCUGUACACAUAAUGGAUAUUUAUUAGUUUAUCCCAUGAGACAAGAUGUAAAGCUCUCGGAUGGUAAGAUUGAGUUCCAUUCUGUCUAUUCUUGUCAUAUCUCCUUUGGUUCCCUUCCGUCUUCAUCUCAAUUUACACGAUUCAGGAAUAUUUCUAAUUAAAUUCCAGACGCAGAAGAAAAAAUGGGCUCUUAUAGAUGGGGAAAUAAGAUUGCAGAUCAUAGAUUCUGCAAAAAUUGCGGAAAUAGUAUCAUGGUUGAUCUGUGCCGACCAGCUGCGUUCGGAGAAACGGAUCCUAGAAAGGACAUGGUGGCUAUCAAUGUAAGUUUGAGUAUUCCUUUGAACUGCAAAUCUUCAAUGUGCUUGAAAAGUGGGAAAGCUGGUGAUUUAAGAGUUUUGAGAGGAGAGGCGUGUGUAAAGAAUGGAGUGGGGGAGGGGACUUCGUUCUUGACUUUUACGGAGCAAGGAAUUAUUUUCCAUCUGGAAUAUAUAGUUAGAGUACAGUUCACUGACCAUCCCGGAAUAGGUGCGAAAUUUCAAGAACAUCGAUCUUGAUGCAAUGAGUUAUACUCAUUUCGAUGGGAGAAGCAUUAUUUAAAUCUGGCGCAUUUUCUUCAUGUUUCAAUACGUAGAAAUUGUCCUCUCUUUUCAGACCCACAUUUGGGGAGGUUUGGAAUCCAUAGCCUUAGGAUGGGAUGAAUAGUACCCUGUAUUAUCGUUAAACUACGUCGGUUUAUAUUCAAUUGCCAAAUCGAGCUUUUUUUGUGAUGCGAAUUCUAUAGACAAGUAUCUGUUGAUCAUGAGACAUGAGAGGAGGGAAUCUCCAUCCAUAGGGCGUAGCAUAUAUAUAAUGUCGGUUCCCUAAACA